GCCAUGAGGCGCCCGGUGGUGCUCGGCGCUGCGCUGCUGCUUCUGCUCGGGACCGGGAUGGCCGUCACCCGCUUUCGGGUCUCCGCCAACUUCGAGUGCCGGGCCACCGCCGACAGGACACUGAGCCGCACUCGCUGCCACCGCCCGGCUCGGCCCGGGCCCCCGCUGCCGCCCCCCGCUCUGUCGCUGACCCGGGCGCGGCUGUGCCUGCCUGCGCAACCCUGCCAGCCUUGUGUGCGGGUGCGCCUGGCCCUCCCCGCCGCAGAGCUCGGCGGUGUCCGUGGGCUGCAGCUCAACUUCCUGGAGCUGGGCUCCAACCGGGCCAGCUGGCUGCAGGUGUGGCGGCGGCACCAGGCGCCAGGCAGCAAGCCAUGGCAGGUGCAGUUCGACUGCUUCCCGGCCGAGAGUGGACAGCAGGUCCUUGUCUCCCUCCACACCAUCCCUGACAGAGGCUUGGCCAUCAGUCGCAGCCACCUGGUUGCUGCUGAGCUGCCCGGGCCAGCCUUCACCCACACUUGGGUCCCUGAGUUGCAUACCAUCAAGGUGUGGGUGCCUGAAGGCCCUGCCGUGAUGGUGCGGCUGUGCCACCAGCUGGCUCUGGAGUGUGAGGAGCUGCCCCAGCCCUUUCAUCAACAGGUACUCGUGCCUGGGGGCCACCAUGUUUCACUGCGAUACGAGUUCCUAGUGCCCUGCUUGUGCAUCGAGGCCUCCUACCCACACCAUGACAGCCCACGCAGCAAGCGAUGCCCCUUCCGUGACCAGCCAGCUGCCUAUGGCCCCGAGCUGUGGUCCUCAGUGCGCUUCCACGACUACAGCACCAGCAGCAAGGACCAGAUGGCAAUGGUGCUGAGCACCAGCUGCCCCCUGCACCCCCAGGCCACCCUGUGCUGGAGAGAGAUGGCAGCUGAAGUCUCAACUUGCCAUGACAUCCCCAACUCCACAGCCAGUGAGGAGGAGCAGGCAUACACGCUGGAUGAGGUGGAUGUGCACCCGCAGCUUUGCUUUCGGUUCUCCUAUGGGAACAGUAGCCACGUGGAGUGUCCCCACCGGACAGAGACUGCCUGGAAUGUCUCAGUGAGCGUCCGGGGGCUGCAGCUACACCUGCGCCUCACCUCCAGUGUCCCCGCAGCCUUCAGUGCAGCCCUAUGCCAGCACCAGGGUGGGCAGUGCCAGCCUGAAGCACCCUUCUACACUGUCACAGGGGCAGAAGGCUCUGCCCCAGGGGAGCUGGCAUUGCUGCUGCCAGUACAGGUCCUGGGCAGCUGUGUGUUGGUGUGGCGCUCAGAUGUGCGCUUUGCUCGGAAGCAGCUGCUCUGUCCCGAUGUCUCCCGCAGGCACUUUGGACUGCUGGGGCUGGCACUAGCAGUGGGGCUGCUGAUGAUUGUGCUGCUUCUCAACUGCCGUAGCACCUGGAGGCCAGCUGAUGGUGCCCUGGGUGGGCGCCCUGUGCUGUUGCUGUACUCACCGGACUCAGAGGAGCACCUGGGGCUGGUGUGCACCCUGGCUGAGCAGCUGCGUGCGGGGCUGGGCUGUGAUGUGCACCUUGACCUAUGGGAAGCAGGCAGUGUGGGGCAAGUGGGUGCCCUGCCCUGGCUUUACGCCCAGCGGGGCCAUGUGGGCCGCCAGCGUGGCACUGUCCUUCUCCUCUGGAGCCAGGGCAGCGCUCAGCUCUUCCACCAGUGGCAGGUUGGAGUGGUCAGCAGGAUCCCUGGGGAUGCCCAUGAUGUUUUUGGGGCAGCCAUGGCCUGCCUGCAUGGGGAGAUGGGUGCAGUGGGCCAUGGCAGUGGCUGGGUGCUGGCCUAUUUCAGCCGGUUUUGCAGCUCCCGUGAUGUCCCCAGGCUCCUCCGACCCCUGCCCACCUAUCGCCUGCCCCGACAGCUACCCGGGCUGCUGGGCGCCCUGCGGGGCAGCCCCCCAGCCCUGCGCUGCUGCCGACGAGGCAGGGUUGGGGGCCUCCUGCAUCAGCUGCUGGAGGCAGGGGCCAAGGAGGGAAGGCCCCCACCCCAGCCCCCAGAGGUGGCCACUGGCACCUGAGUGCCCACACUGAGGCUGAACUGGGCAUUGCUGUGGGGCCAGUGGGGCUGAGUACAGCCCUCCACUGAGGGCAGGAGCCCUGUCAUGGAGGUGCAAUGCUCAGCAGAGUGUGCUGACCACGGUGAGAGGAGCGGUUCCUGUGAGGUGCCCGUAGGUGCCCUGAACAGGGAUUGUGGAGGCCCAAUCAGGGCUGACCCUAGCCGUGAGAUAUGUUGUGGAUGCCAGGGCAAGAAUCCGGUCGAGCCCCUGGGACCGGGAGUGGAGGUGCUGUCCCGGGCAGGGGCAGC